AUGGGAUCAGUCAUUAAGUUUUGUACUGAAGAUCCAACAGAAAUCACAUUUGUAUACGAUUGGCCAGUUCAGAUUUUCCAACCUGUUAAUGGUUUUAAUGUUUUUGGUGAUACCGAGACGUUUUGUACCAAUUACCGUAGUGCUAAUCAUGAAUGGAUGAUACAUAUGUACAGGACAAAUUUUGGUUUACCGUCAAGACCGAAAAUACAUUUAUAUUUGGAGCAGAGCAGAAUGAUAACAGCAAACCCAUCACCAGUAAAAUGCAAAUUUUCAUUCAAAUUACUUGGCGACACAUCCUUUUGUGGAAGUGUCAUCGCUGUUCGUUCCCUGACAACAUUUUCAUCGAUGGAUAGCUUUCGAGUACCAAGAGAUUCACGUUUUGUAGAAUUAUUGACAGAAUGUUUCACAAAUCAGAUGAAUAGUGGAAAAACGGUUUUGAUAACGGUCGAUCUUCUGUUCAACACGGAAUCAUUUAAUUUAGGCUUUAGCAGUUGGAUGAGUAUGGUUCCUGCACCACCUGCCGAUACUACUAAUGACUUUAGAUUCAAAGUUCUUUGCAGUGAAGAUGCUGAUUUUACAAUACAUUGUCGAGAUGGAGAUUUUAAAAUCUCAAAAAGUGCGCUAUUUUUGAGCUCUGAUUAUUUUCGAUUUUUAUUCACUGCAAGUGAUGAAGGACUUAUGUCAAAUGAACAGUCUGUACCAGAUUAUAAUUUAGAAUCAGUGCGAAAGGUAUUGGUAUUUAUGAUUACAGGAACAUUUGAAAUGCCAGAAAAUUUAACACCUGAACUAGCUCGGGAACUAAUCGAUAUAGCUAUGCAUUUUAAACCUUUAAAUCGAGAUGCUCUAAAAAAUACUAUACAUCGAGCACUUUGUGAACUUCUUGUGCAGGAUUUUUCAAUGCUUGAUAAAAUCGUUCAUUUUCUUGUUUUCGCGCAUGAAAUGAAUUUGUCACAGUUGAAGGCUAUGUGCAUAUCAAUUAUUGUUUAUGAGCAUUACAAACGAUUCAAACAAGAGUACAAUGAAGAGGCAACAGAUCCGAAUCGUCGAGCGCUUCAUGAACGUUUACGUCGAAGUGGCUUUUUACUCACUGUUUCUCCAUUAUCACGAAUUGAUACCGUUCGACGACAGUCUAUAAAAUGUAGACGUAUUUUCCGGUAUGGUGAAAAAACAACCUUGGAAACAUAUGACAAUAGGCCAGCAAGAAAUAAUAGUACUAUAUGGAAUGACAUUGACUGA